AUGAUUUCCGACGACGAUCUCCACCGUCUUGCCGUCUUUCUCGGCUCCUGCGCGAUGAUGAUGAUUGUUCUCUACCACUUCCUCGAAGUCAAUGCCAAAGAUACUGGAGUUGAGGGUGCAAGUGAAGCGAAGAAGUCGACCGCUGCAUCUCAGGAGUCAGUUGCUGCUAGCCCUUCGACAGCACCCGCAGCGGCUGCGGGCGGUUCCUCAGCCAUCGGAGGAGAGAAAGACCGGUAG